GUUUAAUCUAUACAGUAAUAUUUCAACGGGCGAGUGUCAAGUGCUAAAAUUCGAGUUUUUUGACGGAAAAGAGAGAAAAUAUUGCAAAAAUGACGAGUGCUAUAACUGUUGGUACUUUAAUAAUAAAACUGGUGAAGUUGGUUCUUAACUUCAUUAUUAUUAUUAUGUACAGGGUGGGUUUUCAAGGUUACUUCUUAGGAGUUGGUGGAACCUGGAAUUUAAAUGAAGAAAAAAAUGCAGAUGCUGAAAUUGUGGCAUCGGGAAUUUUUGUUGGGUACAUCAUAUACACUGUGGUUUCUCUGAUUAGCUUUUGUUUUGCUGCAGGUGAUCAUAAAACAACCUUUACUGAUGUUUUAAUGAACGUUGUUGGGGUAUUUAUGUGGGUAGCAGUUGGUGCAACUGCUUUACAUUACUGGCAUGGUUAUCUGGCUGAACAUAAAUAUACCGCUAUAAACUCAGAAAGACAGGUUGGUUUAGUCAUGGGUUCUCUAUGUAUUAUAAACGGGGCAGCGUAUUUGGUAGACAGUGCACUUUCAAUUAUAUUCCUUCUGCAGACAAAAUUGGCAUAAUUUGUAAAAAAAAUGUAUUUACAUUUUAAUUGGCAUAACCCUUAUAUGACAUUUUUCAUUUUUAUACACACACACUAAAAACCAGUUUUUAUUUUAUAUAAAUCACAUCUAAACAUAGUCGUCUCGACGAAUGUUUU